AUGACAAGAGUUUCAAUCUGCUACAACUCUAGUCCUCUAACCCAAAACACAGAAAUCGAAGGCAUUCUGGACGGCCCGUUCUUCUGCCACUACCCCCGCGACAUUUUCCCCGGCGAAGACCUCGCCCGGGCAUUCGAGUACACUCUCAACAUCAUCGAGAAGCAAGGCCCCUUUGAUGGCGUGAUGGGCUUCUCGCAGGGCGCCGCGCUUGCAUGUGCUCUUAUAGCCGACCAUGCCAAAACCAAUUCGAAGCCUCUCUUCAAGGUCGCCGUGUUCAUCUGCGGUGCGACACCGUACAAAAGCUCCGGGCUUAAAGAGCUUGUUGCCGAGGACGGGAAAUACCCCGUCACAAUCCCAACGACGCACAUAGUGGGUAGGCAAGAUCCGUAUUACAAGGGAAGUAUGCAUCUGUACGGUAUAUGCGACCCAUCUAAGGCCGUUUUUUACGACCAUGGUUCAAAGCAUCAUAUCCCUUUCGACCAGGCGAAUACUACUGCCAUGGUGUCCGCCAUUGAGAAAUCCAUCGAGCGGGCUUUGAAUAACGAGUAG